AUGUUCAACUACAUGUCACCCUUGGAGAAAGUGGAGCUGGUUCGGUCAGUGGAAGUGCAAGCCACUGGACAUGACCUACUGGAUUUGCUGUAUCAUUUGCUGGAUGAAUUCCUCUACAUGUUUGCUACAGAGAUGCUCAUUUGCCGAUGCAUCGAGAUCCUGUCCUUUGACCAGGAGAAGUUCUCCAUCCGUGCUCGCGGCUACGGAGAGACGAAGAUGGACUUGAAGAAGCACGAGCAAGGCACCGAGAUCAAGGCCAUCACGAUGCAUAUGAUGAAGAUUCUGGAUCCAACCAGCAUGCUGACGGAAGAUGGGAAGUCGGAGCGGCAAGAAGCUGCAGAAGCAGAGUUCCCGUACGAAGUCUACGUCUUGCUGGACAUUUGA